AUGAGGAAGGUGGAUCUUCGCCAGUCCAACCAGAGGGCCCAUCUCUUCCAGAGCUCCCUGAGGAAGGGGAACCUUCUCCAGCCCAGCAAGAAGCUCCAGCACAGUUUCUCAAGCCUCCCCAAGAGGUUAAAUCACUUCCAACUGAGCAGGAGGCCCCAGUUUUAUCUCCAGGGCCCCCUGAAGAGGUUGAACUUUCUUCAGUGCAUCAGUAAGUUCUACCACAGCUUCCACAGCUCUCUGAGAGUACUGAACCUUCUCCAACCCAGCAGGAGGCUCCAGGUAGAACCUUCUUCAACCCAGCAAAAGUCCCCAUGUCAGUCUCCAUGGCCACCUGUGGAGGUCCUACCUUCAGUCCAGCAGGACACCCUAGCUCAGCCUCCAGAGCCCCCUAAACAGGUGGAACCAUCUGCAGUGGCUCUUGCUCCACCUCAAGAGCCCCCUGCAAAUAUAGAACCGUCUUCAGUGCAGCAAGAGGUCCUGGCUACACCUUCAAAGGCCCCUAGCGUGGUAGAGCCUUCUGCAGCCCAAGAAGAGGUCCCAGCUCAGGAAGCCCCAGCUUUACCUCCUGAGCCUACUAAGGAGGUGGAACCUUCUCCAGUCCAGCAGGAGGCCCCAGCUCAGUGUCCAGAGCCCCCUAAAGAGGUGGAACCACCUGCAGUCCAGCAGGAGGUCCCUGUCCUGUCUGCAAAGCCCCCUGAGGACGUCCAACCUUCUCUUCUCCAGCAGGUGGCUCUUGCUCCACCUCAAGAGCCCCCUGCAAAUAUAGAACCGUCUCCAGUGCAGCAAGAGGUCCCAGCUACACCUUCCAAGCCCACUGAGGAGGUCAGGAUCAAGCUCACCUUGAUGUCCACUAUGGCGGUCAGACAUUCUGCAGCCCUGCAGAAGACCACAUCUUCUCCAAAGCAAGUUACACUUCAGCCUUUGGAUUUAGAGCUUACCAUGUCUCUAGAACCCACUAUGGAGAUCGAACAUUCUACAGCCCUGCAGACAACCACAUCUCCUCCAAACCAAGUUCCACUUCAGCCUUUGGAUCCAGAGCUUACUGUGUCUUCAGAACCCACUGUGCAAGAUGCUAGCAAUAGAACGAACAUUGAUGUAUGUGAGCUUUGUCUCUGCCAAAAUCAAAUGCUGUCCUGUUCUGGGCUGAGCCCAGAGAAGAGGCUCCACAGAGUGCCUGUGCCACAGCCCCACAUGCACAAUGGCACCUUCACUGUCUUAAAUUUGCAAAGAAACUCUAUUUCUUAUGUUGAUGAAAAUACUUGGAAGCCAUACCAUUUUGUUGAGAAACUGAAUAUAUCUUCUCCGAAUAUAAAUACAGAAAACCACCUGCAUUCUAAGUUCCUUCUUGGUCCAGAAUUUUGA